AAACCCAUUGACUUGCCAACCAACCAUUUUAUUCUUUCAAAUCCAACCACACGGCCCUGUAGCAUUUCAUUUCUCUUGCCUUUCAAAGAAAAAUGGCAGAGGCAAUCGUCUCACUUGCCAUUGAAAGAAUCACUGAUUUACUCAUUUAUGAAGCGUUUUGCUUGAAUGAUGUGAGAGAAGAAGUUGAAAGCAUUAAGGCUGAACUAGAGCGGAUGAAGAGCUUCUUGAAAGAUGUAGACCAUAAGCAGGAACAAGAUGAACGUCUUCGCACUCGGGUGAGAGAAAUCCGAGAUCUUGCUUAUGAUGCUGAAGAUGUUAUAGACUCUUAUAUUCUUGAAGUUGCACAUCGAGGAGGCUUCCAUGGAAUCAUCAAGAGAUUUACAAGCCUUUCCACUCACAAAAUUGGGAAGCAGGUCAAAGCUAUUCAAACCAAGCUUGGUGACAUCUCGAAAACUCUUACGACUUACGGGAUAUCAAGAGAAGGAGAGGGGUCUAAUUCUGCUGCUGAGAUGCAACGCCGGUUAAGAAGAUCGUACCCACAUGUUGAAGAAGAAGAUGUUGUCAGCUUGGAGGUUAGCACAAGGGAUGUUAUGGAUCUAUUAAUGAAGAAAGCGGACAGACUCCAUGUUGUUUCCGUUGUGGGCAUGGGAGGCAUAGGUAAGACCACUCUUGCAAAGAAAAUAUAUAAUCACAAUGAUGUGAAAAGACAUUUUGAUUGUUGUGCUUGGGUUUUCAUAUCUCAACAAUGCAUGCCAAGAGAGGUUUUUCAUGGAGUCUUAAUAAAGGUUCUAUCUCCUUCUAGAAAAGAAAAAGAGCGAAUCGAUAAACUCAAAGAGCAUGAGUUGGUUGAAAAGCUUUAUGAUGUCUUGAAAGAAAAAAGAUAUUUGGUAGUUCUUGAUGAUAUCUGGAGAUGCGAGGAUUGGGUUAGUCUUAAACCUGCUUUUCCUAAAGGAAAUAAAGGAAGCAAGCUCUUUUUCACAACUCGCAACAAAGAAGUUGCUCUGCUUGCUGAUCCCUGCAGCUCCCCAAUAGAGCUCCCACUUCUUACUGAUGAUGAGAGUUGGACGCUUUUCGAAAGGAAAGCAUUCCCGGAAAAUAAGAUGGAUUCUCAUGCUUGUUCAAAAGAAUUUGAGAGGUUAGGAAAGGAGAUACUGAAGAAAUGUGGAGGUUUACCUCUAGCAAUUGUUGUAUUGGGAGGCUUACUUGCAACAAAGAAGUCAUGUACUGAGUGGGAGAUGGUGCUGAAAAACAUCAAUGCACACUUGAACAAAUUCCAACAACAAGGCUGUCAUUAUGGUGGAGUUAAUGGGAUUUUGGCUUUAAGUUUCAACGAGUUGCCCUUUCAUUUAAAACCAUGCUUUUUAUAUUUUGGUCAUUAUCCGGAAGAUUCAGAGAUUUCAAAGAAAGAAUUAAUUAGACUAUGGAUUGCUGAAGCUUUUAUUUCUCUAUCAUUGGAAGGAGAAAUGUUGAUGGAGGAUGUAGCUGAACAAUACCUAGAAGAGCUAACAAAUAGAUGUUUGGUUCAAGUUGGCAGAAGAGAUCAUACAGGAGCAGGUGUGAAGACAUAUCGUAUUCAUGAUCUCUUAAGAGACUUGUGCGUGUCAAAAGCUCAAGAGGAAAAUUUCUUUAAAAUUGUUCAACUGCGGAUGAAUGAAAACAAAAAUCAUUCUCUUCAUCUUACAGUGGCUACAAUAUCCAAAGCACGUAGAAUUGUUGUUCAUCCUAGCAAAAGGUAUGUUUCUUUGAAGGGAAAAUGUCCAAACUUACGUUCUCUUUUACUUUUUCAAGAUGAGGACUUGAUAAGGCUAGACAUAUCAAAAUGUAAUAAUUUCAGAUUCCUUAGGGUGUUGAAUCUCUUGAGAAAGGAUGUUUUAUGGAUAAUACCAAGUGAAAUUGGUAAUCUGUUUCAUUUAAGGUACUUGGGUUUAAAAUGUGCUGAAGUGGUCUUGCCACGUUCUAUUGUUAAGUUGAAGAAUUUACACACCUUAUAUAUCCUAGUAAAAUCUCCAGGGAUAAUUCCUAAUGUCUUAUCCAAGUUGGAACGCUUGAGGCAUCUUCUACUAAUCAACUGGUAUGCAUUCAAAAAUUGGCAUAACAUAAAAGGGUGUUGCCAAGUAAAUACUUUAGAAAAUAUUGAAACUAUGAAGUACAUAAGGGUUGAGAAUUUGACCAAAAACAAUGCAUUGCUCAAGUUGACAAAUAUUCGGAGCUUAGGAAUACAGUUUAAGAGACCAGAAGAUGUUGAGGCUAUGCUAAGAUCUCGUAGUUUUGGAUCAGACCGCCUUCGGUCUUUGCGCAUGGCGUUGGAGGGAUCAAUUCCAUUUCCAGAAUUGAAGCAACUUUCUCAUUGUCAUCACCUCUCCAAACUAUUCUUAUGUGGGAGAAUAAAGGAAGACCCGUCACCAAGCCAUCAUGUUUUGAAAUUUCUUCCAACAAGCAUUUGCAAGCUAACUUUGUUCUUCUCACACAUUAAUCAAGAUCCAAUGCCCGUACUAGAAAAGCUACCUCAUUUGAGGAUUCUAUGCUUGGAGUCUUCAUCAUACACAGGGACUAGAAUGUCUUGCUCUGCCAAUGGGUUUCCUCAACUUGAUUCUAUUGACAUCAAGUCAUCAAAUUUAGCAGAGUGGCAAAUAGAAGAAGGGGCAAUGCCAUGUCUUCGUAGUUUACAUUUGGCUUUUGUUCCUGGCUUGAAGAUGGUUCCAGAAGGGUUGAGGUACAUCACUAGUCUUCAGGAAAUGAAAUUAGAAGGGAUGAGCAGAUCAUUUUUAAAAAGGAUUCAAGUUAUAGACGGAAGGGAAGGAGAAGAUUUUUAUAAAGUGCGCCACGUACUCUCCAUCCAAACUAUCUAGUACGUUGAACAACUGAACUAUUGCGAUCUGUUGAAUUCAUGGCUGAAAUUUUAUGAGCAAUCUGCACUCCCAUGUCCAUCUUUCAUGUGAUUUGGGGAUCCAUUUGUUGCAAGACGGCGUCACUGUAAUUGCCUUACUGAUAUCUUUAUGAUGUUUUUCUUGUUCUCUUUGUUCACCUUAUAUGUAUAUUCCUAUGAAUACCAUUGGUGUCCUAUCAUCAAUGAGAACAAUGGCUUGUUAUUC